AACGAAGAAGACGAGAAAGCGAUACUCUCGUGCUACGAAUUCAAAUGAUUUGUUUUCCUUAGCAGAUCGAUCGCAAUUUAUCUAUCUCCGCCGCUGUUUUCGCCGUAAUUGACGGCGGUGUAUACAGUCUCUUUUGCUUGUGCGUGACAUCAACAGGAGAAGUCAUCUUAAGUAACGCCGUUUCUUUUGAUCGCAAUUGAGUUCAGCGUCGUUUCUUCUCCCAGAUUUGCGUUUGUUGUUUAUCUCGAAUUCGUUUGUUCUGCGUAAAAUGCUGGCGAAUUGGAACUUACGGUGUCAAAGGUUGCAUAGUAUAGAAAAACUAUAAAGUCUGGUUCAGAGAAGAAGUUUCCUCUCGAUGCAAUAGACUACAAGUUAAACGAAGAGAUUGGAGAUGGUGUUAGUGCCACUGUGUACAGAGCUUCAUGCAUACCGCUUAACGAGGAAUGGGAUCAGGAGAGAGGUGCAAACAAUGAGUCUGAUCAACCAUCCGAAUUUGUUACAAGCUCAUUGCUCCUUUACCGCGGGCCACCAGCUAUGGGUUGUGAUGCCUUACAUUGCUGGAGGAUCCUGUCUCCAUAUAAUAAAGUCUUCUUAUCAAGAUGGAUUCGAGGAGCCUGUGUGUAUCUUUAUGCUCAUGGACAUAUCCAUAGGGAUGUCAAGGCUGGAAACAUAUUAUUGGACUUCAACGGUGCGGUUAAGUUAGCAGACUUUGGAGUAUCAGCUUGCAUGUUCGAUACAGGAGAUAGACAACGUUCCAGAAAUACAUUCGUUGGGACUCCAUGCUGGAUGGCUCCUGAAGUCAUGCAGCAACUACAUGGAUAUGAUUUCAAAGCAGAUGUAUGGUCAUUUGGAAUAACGGCACUUGAACUUGCACAUGGUCAUGCCCCAUUUUCCAAGUAUCCGCCAAUGAAAGUAAAGUUAUAAUGAUGCCAUUUUAUUUGUAUUAAUCAUCACUGCUCUCUGGUACUCAGUUUGUGUAUUUUCUUUUCUGGUAAUCAUCAAAACAAGGUCUUUAUAUCGUUGAAUGACACCACAACUCACUAGUUAUAUCAA